UGCAGUGGGAUGGCACUGCAGAUCAUUCUACUGGCACAGACAGUCCUCUGGGCUGCAGCACAGACCCCACCAUGCAGAAUACUGGGGAGAGCAGCCAAGCCCAGCUUCUAUCAACAUGGAGACAUCAACAUCGGUGGGGUCUUCUCUCUGCACAGCAAUCCAACGGAAAUAAACAACCAAUUCAUAACCAGACCGGAGCCUCUAAAGUGUCCAAGAAUUAAUUUCAGAGAACUGCGGGUGGCCCAGACUAUGAUCUUUGGUAUUGAAGAAAUAAACAACAGAAGUGACCUCCUCCCAGGUGUAUCUCUUGGAUAUAAAAUAUAUGACACCUGUGCUUCCACAACAUUCUCUAUACGGGCAGCCAUGGCUCUGAUGAAUGGUUACGAGGAAACUCUGACUGACACAUCAUGCACUACACCAGAAGCAGUGAAGGCCAUCAUUGGGGAAUCUCGGUCUACAAACUCCAUUGCAAUUGCUGCAGCCGUAGGAUUGUUUCAAAUCCCACUGGUCAGCCACUUUUCAACAUGUGCAUGUCUGAGCAACAGAAAAGAGUUUCCUACAUUCUUCAGAACCAUUCCCAGUGACUAUUACCAGAGCAGAGCACUGGCUCAGCUGGUGAAGCACUUUGGUUGGAACUGGGUUGGAACAGUGAGGAGUGACAGUGACUAUGGCAACAACGGAAUGGCCACAUUCAUAGAAGCUGCUCAACAAGAAGGGAUCUGCAUUGAGUAUUCUGAGAAAUUUCAAAGAACAGAACCACAGAAACUACUGAAGGUUGUAGAUGUUAUCAAAAGAAGUACUGCAAAGGUAAUUGUAGCUUUUAUUGACCAGCUUGAUAUGAACAGCUUAUUAGCGCAACUGACCAUUCAGAAUAUUACAGGUCUCCAAAUGGUUGGCAGUGAAGGCUGGAUAACAGCAAGCAAUCUAGUGACACCCACAAGUUUCAGAAUACUGGGAGGGUCAAUUGGCUUUGCAAUCAGCAAAGCCAAAAUAAAUGGAUUUAAAGAGUUUUUGUUGAAACUUCACCCAUCCCAGUACCCAAAUAAUACUGUUGUUAUAGACUUUUGGGAAGCUGCUUUUCAGUGCUCUCUAAGAAAUGGAGAUGACAAACCCUACAUUAACCUCUGCACUGGAUUUGAGAGCUUGAUUGAACAGAAAAAUGAAUACACUGAUGUAUCAGAACUGAGAUUCGCCAACAAUGUGUACAAAGCAGUAUAUGCUAUUGCUCAUUCUCUGCAUGACCUGCUGGCAUGUACACCCCAUCAAGGCUGCACAAACCGUGUGAAAACAGAGCCCUGGCAGGUUCUUGAGGCUCUGAAAAAAGUCAAUUUUACUUUGGGAACUAGGGAGCACAUCUCCUUUGAUAAUAAAGGGGAUCCUGUAGCCAGAUAUGAGGUGGUGAACUGGCAGCUUGGUCCUGACGGUGCAGUACAAUUCAGAGUGGUUGGCAACUAUGAUGCCUCUUUACCACCUGGGCAGCAGUUUGUGAUGAAUCCUGUUACUAUGGUUUGGGCAGGUGGGCAAAACGAGAAACCCAGGUCAGUGUGCAGUGAGAGCUGUCCCCCCGGCACUCGGAAAGCUGUGCAGAGUGGAAGGCCUGUCUGCUGCUAUGACUGUGUGCCCUGUGCUGAGGGAGAAACCAGCAAUGCCACCGAUUCUAAUGACUGUAUUCAGUGCCCUGAAGAAUACUGGUCUAAUGCAAAAAGAGACCAAUGUGUUUUAAAGACUGUUGAAUUCCUGUCUUUUAAAGAAAUUAUGGGAAUAGUGCUUGUUCUUUUUUCAUUAUUUGGAACAUGCAUAACCGUACUUGUGGCGGUAUUGUUUUUCAUUCAGAAGGAUACACCCAUUGUGAAAGCCAACAACUCAGAGCUGAGCUUCCUGCUGCUCUUUUCAUUGAAACUGUGUUUCCUUUGCUCUCUUACUUUCAUCGGCCGGCCCUCUGAUUGGUCCUGUAUGCUGCGCCAUAUAGCAUUUGGGAUCACCUUUGUCCUCUGCAUCUCUUGUGUUCUGGGGAAAACAAUAGUGGUGUUAAUGGCCUUCAGGGCUACACUUCCAGGCAGUAAUGUCAUGAAGUGGUUUGGGCCUCUGCAGCAGAGACUGAGUGUUCUUGCUUUCACUCUCAUACAGGUCCUUAUUUGUGUGCUUUGGUUAACAAUAUCCCCUCCUUUCCCCAACAAGAACAUGAAGCACUACAAAGAAAAGAUCAUUCUAGAAUGUGAUGUAGGAUCAGCAGUGGGGUUCUGGGCUGUGCUGGGUUAUAUUGGGCUCCUCUCUCUACUGUGCUUUGUUUUAGCUUUUCUGGCUCGUAAGCUGCCUGACAACUUCAAUGAAGCCAAAUUCAUCACAUUCAGCAUGCUCAUAUUCUGUGCUGUUUGGAUUACCUUUUUACCAGCGUAUGUCAGCUCACCUGGAAAGUUCACUGUAGCUGUGGAGAUCUUUGCCAUUUUAGCUUCCAGUUUUGGUUUGCUUUUCUGUAUUUUUGCACCCAAGUGUUAUAUCAUUCUGUUAAAACCUGAAUUAAACUCAAGAAAACAUGUGAUGGGCAAGAUGCCCUCAAAAUCCCUCUAGAUUAAUGCAUUAAAUGAUUUGAUAUAACAAUGUUUUGUGGUAAAUAUUUAUAUAAAUCAUAAAUCAGCAAUAUAACUACAACAUACUGUUUAUCAAAAUGGUGUUGGACAAAAGAUAAAUAUAUAAAUAUUAACUAUACAUGUCCUGGAUCAUGAACUCCUUGACCACAAGUGUGGAAGAUCUGAGGGUGAUAUGCAAAACUACUAAAGAUCUAUGUAGCAAAAAAAGGAAGCAGUGUACCCUGCUGUCCCUUACUAUUUAAUAGUAACAUUAUCAUAAUGGCGUCCCAACCACAUGUAACAAAAGAUUACAUAUUGUAGAGAACCGAAAAAAUACAAGAAUUAAUUAUUAUAUAUUUACAUAUGUGUACC